CUAUCACACCCCAUUCUCAUCCCGCAUAUCCCUCAUUCUCAUCCCUCAUCUUGUCCCCCAUCCUCCCCCAUCUUGCUGCGCUCUCCUUGAUUUACUGUACUGUACGCAGCAGCUGAGCAGCAUGAGCAGGCGAACAGGAUGAACGAUACAAAGCGGUGGGAGUCGAGACGUCACCUCUUGCCCAACCAGCCCGUACAUCCGGCCACACCAGCACAUCAUGUGACCCCCAUGGGGCUCAUCGCUAUCGAAUGCAUUCUACAUCCUUCAUCACUCAUCCAUCAGUCUUCCAUCCUCUCCAUCACCCAUCACUCGUUGAUCGCCGCGCGGCCUCGGCAUCUCCAUGCGCAGCUUGGAAAAGCCAAGGAUCCCAGGCGAUGCCGGCUAAACCUGACACGUGGAUGUGGGGUCUCCACAAUGGGGGAGGUGGAGGUCCUCCAUCGCGUUGGUCGCGACCAAGCGAUCGUCAGACGACUGACGUCCAAAGAUCCAAGCAAUCGAACAGCGAUCACGAGAUCACGAUCUACAGAUCUACAACGCCUCCCGCCGUCGCCGAUCGCCACUUCGGAGAUAUCAAGACGAGUCGCGAGCUGACGCCCCGGAGCCCGGAUGCCGACGAAGGAUACACUCUCGCUGAUAGCUGGCGGCUGGCUGCUGACUGGCGAUGCCGGGCGCAGAUCUGGGCGUAGUUCACCACGCCACGCCCCGCACUCUCUGACGCUGAUGCCAACACGGAAGAACCGAGCGUCGCCACUUCUUCCGCCCUCGGCGCGGUUUCGGCGUCGACGUCAACACGCCCGCCGCGAACACGAAGAG